AUGGCAAGUAGCAGAGACUUGAAGAUGAAGGAUCCUGUUGUUGAAGAUUUAUGCUAUGAAGGUGUGAAGGCAAAACAUGUGGAAGAGGUCGAGGUUGAGAAGCUCAAUGCGAAGAUUGAGGUCAUUAACCAGGUCGAGAAGCUUUUUGGCCAGAUUAAGGAGAAAGAAAGGCUUGAAGAAAAACUGAAACUUGCACAACAAAUGAUGGCUCAUGUGAAAGUGUCACCAUAUCCCGAUUGGUGCAAUUUGAGUGAAUCUUGGUUGUAUGAUUGA